AUGAAGGAUAAAGACAAAAAGUUUAUAAGAGAGGUAGCUGCGCUCCCUGAUGACAAAAGACCCAAGGGCUAUUCAUCACAAUCAGUUGUACACUCUAGGGUGAAAAUUGAAGCAUCAGAGGCAACACCCAGUCAGUCUGUCAGAAAAAUGUCAAGAAAUUUGUCGGGGACACCAAAAAGCAAAGGGAAGAUACAACACUUAUCGGCAAACAAAUCUAAAAGGAAAAUCAUUUUUGAUUCGCAUGUAAGUCCUCUUAUUCAGAAACGAGAAGUAUGUAUUGUUUCCCCAGAAUCCCUGAGCAGUAAAAGAUCCAGAUCAGGGAGACUAGUUGUACCACCACUUCAUUUUUGGCGCAACCAAAUCCCCAUAUGUGAUGUGGAUCGCAAUAUGAUUGUAAUCCAGGAAGACGUGCAUGUAUUAAAACCAUCUUGAGGUUUUUGAAGACCAGAACAGGAUGCUUGUAUAUGCAAAGGAGGUUGAUCCUGUUAUGGGUGUUGGUUCCGAUUCACUACUAGAAUUGCCUGUAAAUUUGCAUGCACAUUGUAGCAGUUUGAAGGUCUUUUGCCUCGAAAUCAGGGGCUUGAAAGAAACAAAAAAAAAAAAAUGAAGUACCAUUUCGUGCGAAUGGGUGAUUUAUCA